UUUAGUCAACAUGUUGCCAAGCUCUGCUGCGGCUCAAUGUCGGAUCCUCGCCGAGCACAGACCUUCCCUAUGCGCCUCGGCUGCGGAGCAAGAUGAACUCCGCGUCGACCAUCAUGGUGGAUUUGCUGACAUACAAUCAAGAGGCUAGCAAUCCUCAAUGUUAGACGAAGUCAGCAUAAACAACGCAACAUUAUAUUGCCUUACGAAUCACAUUCCGGACUUAAGUGUGACUGUGGAUGCCUGGAAGGAUUUGAGAGGGGUUAAAAUGCAGCCAGUUGCGCCUGCCUCAGCCUAAUACACUGCUAUCGUAUCUCACUUCAAUAUCUUGAAUUCAUUACAAAUUCACCCACACUUCAAUGAAGAUGUCAGAAUCUCUCGUCUUCAUCACUGGUGGUACCGGCUUCAUCGGUGCCGAGGUUGUGCAACAAGCACUUGAAGCAGGCUACCGCGUCCGCCUCAGCAUUCGAAAGCCCGAACAAGCAGAAACAAUCAAAGGACGUUACCCAGAUUAUGCCUCCAAGAUCGAGACAGUCGUCAUCCCAGACAUCAGCGAACGUGAGCCCUUUGAGACAGCCCUGGAGAAUGUUGAGUAUGUCAUCCACCUUGCUUCUCCUGUACCUGGCAAGGGUGUGGACUUGAAGGAAGACUACAUCAAGCCUGCUUUGCAAGGCACCGAGGCAAUUCUGUACGCCGCACUCAAGUUUCCGAAGAUCAAGACCAUUGUCGUCACGUCGUCAGCUAUCGCUCUGCUGCCAAUCGAUGCUCCUAUGGUGACUGAACGUGUCCUUCGUGAGGAUACUGGUGAAGUCCUGCCAGUCGAUGUCGACAUGGAACUGCCAGAAUCACCUCAAGAGGCUCACGGCAUGAUGUACCGUAUCUCGAAGGUCCUCGCGCAUCAAGCCACUCGUGACUUCCUCGAGAAGGAAAAGCCCUCCUACAAGCUACUCACAACCCAUCCCACGCUGGUCAUUGGCGAGAGCAGAAUCCAGAACUCAGCUGAACAAAUCGACAUGGUGAACGCAAUGCUGUGGAUGACCAUCCAAUCCGCGAAGCCAGCUUAUCCCUCGCUCUGGGUCGAUGUCAAGGAUGUCGCUACUGCUCAUGUGAGCGCCAUCGAUACCCCCGCGCCUUCUGGUACCGAGUUCAUCCUGUCUCUGAACGGUGUGACCUGGGAGGAUAUCGCAGCUUUCACAAAGAGCGAAUAUCCGGACCUGGCCAAGCUCGAGCCACCAUUCGAGGGUCCAGUGACAAAGGUAGUCACUGGCAACGCGGAGAAACAUCUUGGCUUGAAGUGGACUCCGUGGAAGCAGACCUUCAGAGAGACGAUUGAGCAGCAGCUGAGCUUCAAUGAUGCAGGCUCGAAGUAGGCGUGGAGUUUCAGCACCGCGAGAGGUCCAGUGAUAAGGAUAAUGUCGUCAGAUAUCGUUUCCUUAGUAUUACACAGUCCGGUGAUAGUUUAUGUGCGAUUUCAUGGUUGCAAUGUGCUGUUUUAAUACCUUCGUAACAUGCAA